GUAUCACAACUGUUCGGGUUCGAGGAGGUGGACUACCCCGUGCUGGAAUCAGAGGAGCUCUUCGUGCGCAAGGCUGGCGAGGAGAUCACCCAGCAGCUGUACAACUUCGAGGACAAGGGCGGCCGCCGCAUGGCUCUGCGCCCCGAGCUCACUCCCUCGCUCGCCCGCCUCGUGCUGCAGAAAGGCAAGUCGCUGCCGCUGCCGGUGAAGUGGUUUGCGAUUGGGCAGUGCUGGCGCUACGAGCGCAUGACACGUGGCAGGCGCAGGGAGCACUACCAGUGGAACAUGGACAUCCUCGGAGUGCCGGGAGUGGAGGCGGAGGCGGAGCUGCUGGCGGCAGUGGUGGCGUUCUUCACACGCGUGGGGCUCUCCUCCAAGGACGUCGGCAUCCGCGUCUCCAACCGCAAGGUGCUGCAAGAGGUGGUGGAGGGCAGUGGUGUACCAUCUGACAAGUUUGCAGCAGUGUGUGUGGUGGUGGACAAGAGGGACAAGAUAGGGGAGGGGGCGGUGGGGAAGGAGCUGGCGGAGCUGGGGGUGGAGGAGGCGGCAGCACGGGCCAUCCUCGCCACCAUGAACAUCUCUUCCCUGUCACAGCUUAGAGAGCACAUGGCAGCGAGUGGGGGGCAGGAGGGCGGCAGUGCAGCGGUGGCGGACUUGGAGCGCCUCUUCUCCCUCGCCGAGGCACACGGCUUUGCCGAGUGGCUCGAGUUUGACGCCUCUGUUGUGCGCGGCCUCGCUUACUACACUGGCACCGUCUUUGAGGCGUUUGACAGGGCGGGGGAGCUGAGGGCCAUCUGUGGAGGGGGGCGGUACGACCGCCUGCUCUCCACCUUUGGGGCCGCCUCCGACACACCCGCCUGCGGCUUUGGCUUUGGGGACGCCGUCAUUGUGGAGCUUUUGAAACAAAGAGGCCUUUUACCAUCGCUCCAACAGACAGUAGAUGACAUUGUUGUUCCUCUCGACCAAUCACUCAACGGCGCUGCUGCAUCCGUGGCAGCUCGCCUACGCCAGAAGGGCAGGCGGGUGGACCUGGUGCUUGAGAACAAGCGGCUGAAAUGUUCCUUCGGUGGCUCUGAAGUGGGACUGCGCUUGCUGGACUCUGCCCGUGGUCGUGGUGGUUGCGAGGGCGAGGUCACCAAGGCUCGUGUCGCAGCCGUGGAGACCGUCGCCAGUAAUGCAGGCGGGCUUACGAAGCGAUCCGUCGCCGGAUCCAACGGCAAUGCGGCGAAGCAGUUCACCAUGGACGAGGUGUUCAAGCACAACCGCCCAGGGGACGCAUGGGUGGUCGUCCAAAACAAGGUGUACGAUGUGAGCGACUUCGCCGACCGGCAUCCAGGCGGGCGCGUGAUCUACUCGCUCGCGGGUCGCAACGCCACUGACGUGUUCGCCGCCUUCCACAAGCCCUCCACCAAAGCGUUCCUCGCCACGCUGCAAAUCGGCGAGCUCAAGGAAAGCGAGGUCGAGCCGACGGGCGAUCUGCUGAAGGACUUCCGCGAUCUGCGGUCGUCGUUCGAGGCGAAGGGGUACUUCAAGAGCAACCCUGCGUAUUACCUGUUCAAGGUGCUGUCGACGUUCGCCAUUGUCGCCGCCAGCAUCGCCAUCAUCAUGUGGACCUCCGACCCGCGCUGGGUGCUCUUCUCCGGCAUGCUUCUCGGGCUCUACUGGCAACAAGUCGGCUGGCUCUCGCACGACUUCCUUCACCACCAGGUGUUUCAAUCGCGUUUCUGGAACACGUUCAUUGGUGGGUAUAUUCACGGCAACCUGGCCAUGGGCUUCAGCACCAACUGGUGGAAGAACAAGCACAACACGCACCACGCCGUGCCCAACGAGUGCGAUAAGGAGUACCGCCCAAUCGACCCCGAUAUCGACACGCUGCCGUACCUGGCGUGGAGCGAGGACAUUCUCGCGACCGUCAAGAGCAAGACCGUGCGCUCGCUGCUGCGCUACCAGAGCCCGCUCUUCUUCCCCAUCCUCUCCUUCGCCCGUUUCGCCUGGUCGUACGCGAGCCUGACUUACUGCUUCUCGGACGAGGUGCCUGAGAAGGAGCGCUUCUGGGAGCGGCUGUUCAUGGUGCUGCACUACGCGUGGGUGCUGGGCUUCGGCUUCGGCUGCCUGCCGUUCUGGACGGGCCUCAUGUGGAUGCUGACGGGGCAGAUCUGCGGCGGGCUGUUCCUGGCGGUGGUGUUCGUGCAGAGCCACAACGCCAUGGAGAUCUACAACGAGGGCAAAGACUUCUACACCGCCCAGAUUGUGACCACACGCGAUGUGAAUGGCGGCCUCUUCAACGACUGGUUCACAGGCGGACUGAACAGGCAGCUGGAGCACCACCUGUUCCCCACCAUGCCCCGACACCACCUGGGCAAGACGUGCAAAGCAGUGAAGGAGCUGUGCGAGAAGCACGGACUCGUAUAUGAGGAUGUGUCAUUCGCCAAGGGCACAUCGCUUGUGCUUGAGCAUCUCAGCAGAAUUGCAGAGAAGGCCUGA